AAAUUACAAUUGCAAAUAAGUCAAUUUAAGGAAAGAGAAUCUCUCUCAGUCCACAAGUUGCCACAAAAUGAGAACUGUUUUGACACGUCCGCUUGUUAAGCAAGGUCUACUUUAUUUAUUUAUGGUAUUUUUUAUCAAUAAGUAAUAAUGCAGCCCACAGCUUCAGAUCAUUAGAUCAUUUACACCUUCUUCUCUCCUCUUCUAAAACGCCUUUCACACACUGCACGCUCCUAAAUGAUUAAUACUUCAGGCUCCCCUCUAUGUGAGGAUAACAACAAGGUCGUGAUUGAGUUACAAUGCACAAUAGGAGAAAAAAAAAGUCGAGCUUUGUCUAAUUGUUCUUUGACAGGGUCAGAGGGGACUGUGCGAUUGGCUGCUGCCUCCUGAGGCUGCAGGCCUGUCAGAGCUGCAGGGAGUGACACCAAGGUGACUGAGGGGAGGCUGUAUAAAUGCUUGGCGCAGUGCAAACCACUCCAGAGAGGAGAAGUCUUCUUAUGCGACCUUCCCCCUGCCGUGCCACACGACCACAGGCCACCACAGUGAUGGCCGCAAAAGCAGAGCUCUCAAACUGGCCAGAAUACCCGGAGGAUUUCUCCCUGCUGCAGCAGCGCAAUUUGGCGCACAUCAGCUCCAAAACGUGGAUUUCUUCAAACUCAAUCCGUGCGUUCUCGAGGAGGGACGCAGCCGCAGACGCAGGCAUCUCGCUGGAGAAACUUGUGCCAAUGAGUAAACUCCCUGACUGCGUGUCUGCAGCAGGCAUGGCAGACGCAGACGCCGGCCAGGCGGCGGAUGGAGGCAAGGCGACCCACUUCGGCCCUCAGAGACACAGACGCGUCGCAGCCAACGCCAGGGAGAGGAGGAGAAUGCACGGCCUCAACAAAGCGUUUGACGAGCUGAGGAGCGUCAUCCCCUCCCUGGAAAACGAGAAGAAGUUAUCCAAGUAUGACACCCUUCAAAUGGCGCAGAUUUACAUCACGGAGCUGUCUGAGCUGCUGGCCGGCGUGGUUCAUCCGGAGUGCAGGAGUCCGCGUCAGGGCGCAGCGGACAAGACCUCCAUGAGGAGCCUGAUCCACUCCAUCCGGCCGACAGCCAGUGCGCAGACCCCGAACCCGCUGACCGGAGAGCAACGAGACCCCUCUAUCGGGCACCUGUUUAUACUGGGACCUUCAUCUGACUUGGAGUCCUGCAAAUCAGGAACUACAUCCAACAGCAGUGAGGAUGAAUGUUAGACUGUCACGGAGGAAGAUCAGGGUUGGAGACAGUAACAGGGAACCGCUGACUUUUGACUGUUAUCCAGACGUUUGUGUGGCAGUAAAGGACCGUAGACAUGAUGACCAUAUGAGACAGUACUCC